GGUUCGGGGAUCGAGUGUGCACCGCCCCCCCACCUACUACCCUACCCCCCGCCUCCAACCCCGGGACACGACUUCGCUGGUCUCAACGAGCCGCUGCCUCCAACUCCACCUUCUAUGCCCAAACUUUCCAGACUUGGACUGUCUCUGUCCCCGCGUCCCUGCUCCCUCCCCGUCUAUGACCCCAUACCCCCAUCGAUUCCUCCCAGUACCUCCAUCGAUUCCUCGUGCCCUGCCCGUCUCCCCUGUCCUGGCUCCCCUCUGCCCCCUCUCCCCUGUCUGUGUCCCCCUUUCUGCCUCUGCUCCCCGCCCGGCUCUGCCCCCUCCCCGCACUGUCCCCCCUCACCCUCCUCCGCGGCCAUGCCCCAGGCGGCGGGAAGGCGGCCGGGCGUCCGGCCGGGCUGGGCCUGGGCUUGGCGGCUGGGCCGGCGUGGGGAGCGGCAGCUGUUUGCCAUUAGCCGGGGAUCCACAGGCCCCGCCCCCUCCCUGCACGGGGCGGGGUCCUUCUCGCCGCCCCCCCACCCCGAGUUUAGGGCGAGAAGACCCCCCGCGCCCCCGCCGCCUCCAAGAUGUGCAGGCCGGUCUUGGGUGGUGGGUUGGGGAGACCCGUGCCCCUUCCCUGCACUCCCUACCUGUCCCCUCUUGUAGGCUCCAGUCUCUCCAUCUGUGUCUUAUCCUGUCACCCCUUCCCCACUCCCCAGGGGUCCCAUAGCGAGAGAAGGGUUUCAGCCACAGACAUCCAUCUCCCCCACCACACCCCCUCAUCUCCUUUUUCUUCCCCUUACUCGGGAGUCGCUGGUCCUGAUCCAGGGCGGUCAGAUGACUGAGGACCCUCAGACCUCAGUCUUCAUAUCUGGGAAACGGGUAGAGAUAUCUGGUGUGGAGUCUGGGGGUGGUGACUUGGCGGGCAUUGGCGGGAUCCACCAGCCUUAGGUUCACGUUCAGGCCCAGCUACUUCCCCGUGGCCCCAAGGAUCCUAGGCAAGCCACUGUACCUUUCUGUGCCCUCUGCAUUCCCUGUCUGUGAAACGGGAUAACUGCCCAUCUCAUGGAAUUGUCAUGACAAUUAAAAGAGUUGAUGUUAGGCUGGGUGCAGUGGCUCAUGCCUGUAAUCCCAGCACCUUGGGAGGCCGAGGUGGGCGGGUCAUCUGAGGUCAGGAGUUCGAGAUCAGCCUGACCAACAUGGAGAAACCCCAUCUCUACCAAAAAUACAAAAUUAGCCAGAUAUGUUGGCACAUGCCUGUAAUCCCAGCUACUCAGGAGGCUGAGGCAGGAGAAUCGCUUGAACCUGGGAGCCGGAGGUUGCGGUGAGCCAAUAUCAUGCCAUUGCACUCCAGCCUGGGCAACAAGAGCAAAACUCCGUCUCAGGAAGAAAAAAAAAAAAUAAGUUGGUGUUAUUACUACUGUUACUAUACUAUUUGCCUGGCAGCACCCUCACUCCCCUGCCCCCCUCUCCCCCUGACUAUUCCAAUCCUGCUGUAAUCCCGCUUGCUGCCUGUAUCUCCAUCUCUCUUUGGUGGUGAGAAAAUAUUUUCAAUCAACUUCCUGUUGCUCAGGGGCGAGUCUCCAGGCAAAUGGAAAACCAAAUUUCCUGCAAUUGGUGACCAUGUGUUCCAGGUGUUGAAAGACAGAGAAGCGAAGACAGAAACGUGGAAAGACAGAGAGAAAGACACGGAGAGAGUCGUAGAAGGACAGAGACGUGGAGAGAGACACAGAGAGACAGAGACGUGGAGAGAGACACAGAGAGACAGAGACCUGGAGAGACACAGAGAGACUUGGAGAGAGACAAAGCAAGACAGGACGGGAGAACGAGGACAAGCUCAGGUGCCCCGGAGCCCCAGCCCUGCCUUCAUGCCCAGCAGGUGCCCUACCUGGCCCAUCCUCCCAAGGUAAGCCUCAGUCAGUGCUGCAGGCAGGCUGACUCGCAGUCCCUCAAGUGACUUCCAAGGAGCAUCUGCAGACAAGAAGAUGGCCCAGGUCCUGCACGUGCCUGCCCCCUUCCCAGGGACCCCUGGCCCGGCCUCCCCGCCUGCCUUCCCUGCCAAGGACCCCGACCCACCCUACUCUGUGGAGACCCCCUAUGGCUAUCGCCUGGACCUGGACUUCCUCAAGUACGUGGACGACAUCGAGAAGGGCCACACGCUGCGACGCGUGGCGAUGCAGCGCCGCCCCCGCCUGAGCUCGCUGCCCCGUGGCCCUGGCUCCUGGUGGACGUCCACUGAGUCGCUGUGCUCCAAUGCCAGUGGGGACAGCCGCCACUCAGCCUAUUCCUACUGCGGCCGUGGCUUCUAUCCUCAGUAUGGUGCUCUGGAGACCCGCGGUGGCUUCAAUCCGCGGGUGGAGCGCACACUGCUGGACGCCCGUCGCCGUCUCGAGGACCAGGCGGCCACACCCGCCGGCCUGGGCUCCCUGACCCCCAGUGCGGCUGGCUCGACGGCCUCCCUGGUGGGUGUGGGGUUGCCACCCCCGACGCCACGGAGUUCGGGACUGUCCACGCCGGUGCCUCCCAGUGCCGGGCACCUGGCCCACGUGCGAGAGCAGAUGGCGGGUGCCCUGCGGAAGCUACGGCAGCUGGAGGAGCAGGUGAAGCUGAUCCCCGUGCUCCAGGUGAAGCUCUCAGUGCUCCAGGAGGAAAAGCGGCAGCUCACAGUGCAACUUAAGAGCCAGAAGUUCCUAGGCCACCCCACAGCGGGCCGGGGCCGCAGCGAGCUCUGCCUGGACCUCCCCGAUCCCCCAGAGGACCCAGUGGCACUUGAGACCCGGAGUGUGGGCACCUGGGUCCGAGAACGGGACUUGGGCAUGCCUGAUGGGGAGGCUGCCCUCACUGCCAAGGUCGCUGUGCUGGAGACCCAGCUCAAGAAGGCACUGCAGGAGCUGCAGGCAGCUCAGGCCCGACAGGCCGACCCCCAGCCCCAGGCCUGGCCACCGCCAGACAGCCCGGUUCGCGUGGAUACCGUCCGGGUGGUAGAAGGGCCACGGGAGGUGGAGGUGGUGGCCAGCACAGCCGCUGGCACCCCUGCACAGCGGGCCCAGAGCCUGGAGCCUUAUGGGGCGGGGCUGAGGGCCCUGGCAAUGCCUGGUGGGCCUGAGAGCCCACCUGUGUUCCGCAGCCAGGAGGUGGUGGAGACGAUGUGCCCAGUGCCUGCCGCGGCUACCAGCAACGUCCAUAUGGUGAAGAAGAUUAGCAUCACAGAGCGCAGCUGUGAUGGAACAGCAGACACCUCAUUUCCUGUCCCUCCAGGCCUUCCACAAGUUCCUGCCGAAUCGUCCUCGUCACCCCCGGGGUCCAAGGUAGCCUCCCUUACACAGCCUGAGAAGACCACAGGCCGAGAGCCUGCCCAGGACACCACCCACAGGGAGCCCACCAAGGAAGCAGCCUCCCGAGAGACCCAGGAGGCCGGGGGCGCCGGCGGACCCCCAGCAGGCGUGCGAUCUAUCAUGAAACGGAAAGAGGGGGUUGCAGACCCCACGGCCCACCGGAGGAGCCUCCAGUUCGUGGGGGUCAACGGCGGGUAUGAGUCAUCAUCGGAGGACUCCAGCACGGCAGAGAACAUCUCAGACAACGACAGCACAGAGAACGAGGCCCCAGAGCCAAGGGAGAGGGUUCCGAGUGUGGCCGAAGCCCCCCAGCUCAGGCCUGCUGGGACGGCCGUGGCCAAGACUAGCCGGCAGGAAUGUCAGCUAUCUCGAGAAUCUCAGCACAUACCCACUGCUGAGGGGGCAUCAGGAUCAAACACGGAGGAGGAGAUCAGGAUGGAGCUAAGCCCUGACCUCAUCUCAGCCUGCUUGGCCCUGGAAAAGUACCUGGACAAUCCCAACGCUCUCACGGAGCGGGAGCUGAAAGUGGCGUACACCACAGUGCUGCAGGAGUGGCUGCGCCUGGCCUGCCGCAGCGACGCACACCCCGAGCUGGUGCGGCGGCACCUGGUCACGUUCCGGGCCAUGUCUGCGCGGCUGCUGGACUACGUGGUCAACAUCGCCGACAGCAACGGCAACACGGCGCUGCACUACUCCGUGUCUCACGCCAACUUCCCCGUGGUGCAGCAGCUGCUCGACAGCGGUGUCUGCAAGGUGGACAAACAGAACCGUGCUGGCUACAGCCCUAUUAUGCUCACCGCCCUGGCCACCCUGAAGACCCAGCACGACAUCGAGACUGUCCUUCAGCUCUUCCGGCUCGGCGACAUCAAUGCCAAAGCCAGCCAGGCAGGACAGACGGCCCUGAUGCUGGCAGUCAGCCACGGGCGGGUGGACGUUGUCAAAGCCCUGCUGGCCUGUGAGGCGGACAUCAACGUGCAAGAUGAUGAUGGCUCCACGGCCCUCAUGUGCGCCUGUGAGCACGGCCACAAGGAGAUUGCAGGGCUGCUGCUGGCCGUACCCAGCUGUGACAUCUCACUCACAGAUCGCGAUGGGAGCACAGCUCUGAUGGUGGCCCUGGACGCAGGGCAGAGUGAGAUUGCAUCCAUGCUGUAUUCCCGCAUGAACAUCAAAUGCUCGUUUGCCCCAAUGUCAGAUGACGAGAGCCCUACAUCAUCCUCUGCAGAAGAGUAGCUGUGAAGGAGGCGGGGGCCACCAGCCCCGGAGCAAACCGUCCCUUGUCCCCGUCUCCUCCCUGUUCCCCUUCCUCCCUGGCCCACCCCACUCACACUCCCCAAGGCCCACGGCUGAAAGGCAAGCGAGCUUUCCCUCCGCUUCCCUGGGGGAGCCCCGACGGCCACAGGACUCCAGCUCCAAGCGAGUUUUCUUGGCUCCCUGGAUCAAAGCGGCCGCAGCGCAGACCGAAGCAAAAUUCUUGUAUACAUUGGCGCCAGGGCUGAUGCUGGGGUGUGGGUUUUAUGAAGAACAUUGAGAACAAUCAGCUGGUAAUUAUGGAUGGAGGAAGAGGGAGAGGAAAAAAAUAUUGUGUUUUUGAAUCCGUGUUGCAGGAGGGGGCGGGAAUCUUAGGAUUUGUUGCCAGAUUUGAAAGUCACUGGAACUUGCAUAUUUUCAUUUUAAUCCUCAUUGUUAUUACGCACCAGUUUGGGGUUCACCCUUCAUCCCUCACAUUUAAUUGUCUGGUAUAGAAUAGUGUUAUGCCCACUGCCCCCCUCUAGACGGCUUUGUUAGGGGAAUUUUCUUUUGGUUGUUUCACGAGACAGAUCCUGUCCUUGUCACCCAGGACAGAAAACUCAGUCUUUUCACCCUCAUUCAAAUGAAGGGACUCAGGACAAGUUCUGUGACUUACAGGGAACCAAUUCACAAUGAGAAAUUACCAGCCAGGCGUGAUGACUCACAUCUGUACUCCCAGCACUGUGGGAGGGCAAGGCAAGAGCUUGAGCCUAGAUAUUCAAGACCAGCCUGGGCAACAUAGCAAGACCCAUCUCUACAAGAAAUGUAAAAAUUAGCCAGGCGUGGUGGUGUGUGCCUGUAGUCCCAGCUACUUGGGAGGCUGAGCCCUGGAGGUCGAGGCUGCAGUGAGCUAUGAUCACGCCAUUGCACUUCAGCCUAGGUGACACAGCGAGACCCUGUCUCCAGAAAAAAAAAAAAAAAAAACAUUACCCAGAAACCCCUCCCUUCCCCACAUGGAGGCCUUGGCAAAUGUUAAUUUUCCUAGAAAAUCCUACAGACCUGGAGACGCAGGAAAAGAAUCUGGCUCUCAGGGUGACUUCUGUGUCCCCCCGCCAGGCCCCGGAGUACGGUCACAGGGCCGUCCUGUUCCUCCCUGGGACUCCAGAAUUUCUCUCCUCAAAGGAAAGAAAACAGGGCAUGUACUUGUUGGCAAAACGCAGGGCCAGCUCCCAAGAACCCCAUGUGUGCACGAUUAAAAGUUGGCCGUUCCCAGGCCUCCCGGCGCAAACUUAGAGACAGGGCUUUGCUGAAAACCAAACAUGGGCCAGCUGGCCUUUUUAACAACCUAGAGGCUUUCCGGAGCUGCCUGGAACAGAGCCUGCGGGAAACAGAGCUUGCCAGAGACGCUCACAGUUUCCUUCGUGGCCUGUUUUGGUCCCCCAAGAAUCUCCACAUCAUUUUCUUUCUUGUGCCUUUUCCUUGGUGAGCAACAGAAAGGGAAGGGUUCCAAGCCUCUAAAAAUGUGCCUUGUGAUCAGGAGUGUGCUCCAAACCAAAUAUGUGCGCUGCCCUUUCGAGGCCAGUGAGCUCAGCCUCCAAGGCUUUAAAAGCCACAUUUCAGCAAGAGAAAGCGCCGAGAGCUCGCAGGUUCAUUAAAGAAGGCAAAGCACUGGUUUCUCUCCUUAGAAAAGUAGGUUUCUUGGCUUGAUGUAGAUUGGCUUGCUUUGAUUUUUAGUGAAGGGAAUGUACGUAAAACAAAAUAGGGCUUGGCUGGUCAAAGGAGAUAAGCAGGAAGGAAGAAAGGAAGGAUGGAUGGAUAGAUGGAUGGAUGGAUGGAUGCAUGGUAUUUUCAUGUAAAUUGCAGAGAAAACAAAACCAAAGCUGAUUGGAAACAAUGAGUUGCUGGUGUCUGAGGGGAAAGGCCGCAGUUUGGGGCAGCUUUGAGAAGCGGUACAAGAGUUCUGUGCCUGUGUGUCCAGCCCUGGAGCCAGCCAGUGCAUUUAUUUUAAACUCUUAGAAGCAACUCCUUGGCUCAGGAAUGCGAGGCCCCUGAGGUGGGUCCACGCGUCUCUCUACGCUUCCUUCUCUCCGUGGGAUACCGGGCUCGUGCCUCUGUGCCCAUUCUCUUCUCACGCGUAUCCAUGAGCUUUAAUUUCACUUUCUGAUCACGGUACGUCCAUAAAGCCAGUAUUACACUUAAUUGAAGUAUUCUUUUUUGUAAUCGUUUUUUUUAGAAAGUAAACAAAUUUAAUAAAGCUACCAAUAAUGUUGAU